UUUGCACUACACUUGUCUCGAGUCGAUCUCCAGGCGUCACAUCACCGACAAGAUGGCCGAGGGUACGGGACGAAAGUGAGGGAGGAAACAAAAACACUGGCGAGCUAUCCUUGCCGCAGAUGCCAGACCUGUAGAUCUACUCGAGACAAGUUAGUGCAAAGACAAACGCUGGGUUCGUUCGAGGCUCCGUUUUGCGGGUGACCGUCGCUGUGUGCACACGGAUUGUGCUCCGAGGCAGCUCACUGACACAACGUUUGUCAGGUUGCCUGCGUUGGCUAGCGAGCUAACCCGCUAACCAUGUUAGCUAGCUGACAACAUCGCUCGGGAGAGAAUACGCUUUGAGAAAGUGACAGGAUCAUUAUGAAAUGAAUAGUUGCUGCUAAGUCUUCGUUACUGAGAACUAAAAUCUGUCGCAGCAGCAUAACUUCCAUGAGUGAUCAAUUGAAUUUAAGGCACUAGUUAACCCUUAGCCAGCUGGUUAGCAAGCUACCAUUGCGGAUUUCUUGUUUGCAGCUUUAGAGUUAGCAUUAGCAGACGUCCGUUAGCUUGCUCAGCUGUUUUAGGUGAGUUGUUCCGACACAGGAAAAGGUACACUGCUGUGUGAACGAAGGACAUUUUCCCAUCUACAAAAAAGUACCUGACACGGCUGGCAGCAGACCUGGGGUACCAGGCGUCCCACAGGACCGCUAACGUUAACUGUACCACAGCCGGGACUGUAAACAUAAGCCGAGCACAUCUGAGCCCUGCGUUGUUGGACGAGGCGCAAAUCCAGUCUGCAUCACCAUGGCCCAUUCUCCCGUUCAGGGUAACCUGCCGGGGAUGCAGAAUGCCAGAGUGGACCCAGAGGAGCUGUUCACCAAGCUGGAGCGCAUUGGCAAGGGCUCGUUUGGCGAGGUGUUCAAAGGCAUCGACAAUCGCACACAGAAGGUAGUGGCCAUUAAGAUCAUAGACCUGGAGGAGGCGGAGGACGAGAUUGAAGACAUCCAGCAGGAGAUCACCGUGCUCAGCCAAUGCGACAGCCCCUUCGUCACCAAGUACUACGGCUCAUACCUGAAGGACACAAAGCUAUGGAUCAUUAUGGAGUACUUAGGUGGAGGCUCAGCGUUAGAUUUGAUGGAGCCCGGAGCUCUGGAUGAGACCCAGAUCGCUACAAUCCUGAGAGAGAUCCUAAAGGGCCUGGAGUACCUGCACUCUGAGAAGAAGAUCCACAGAGAUAUCAAAGCUGCCAACGUGCUGCUGUCCGAGCAAGGAGAGGUGAAGCUGGCAGAUUUUGGCGUGGCUGGCCAGCUCACAGACACGCAGAUCAAACGCAACACCUUUGUGGGCACGCCCUUCUGGAUGGCCCCCGAGGUCAUCAAACAGUCGGCCUACGAUUCUAAGGCUGAUAUCUGGUCUCUGGGUAUCACAGCUAUCGAGCUGGCGAAAGGCGAGCCACCGCACUCAGAGCUCCAUCCCAUGAAGGUUUUAUUCCUCAUCCCAAAGAACAACCCGCCCACACUGGAGGGAAACUACAGCAAACCGCUCAAGGAGUUUGUGGAGGCCUGCCUCAACAAAGAGCCCAGUUUUAGGCCGACUGCCAAAGAGCUGCUGAAGCAUAAACUCAUCGUCCGCCAUGCGAAAAAGACCUCCUACCUGACCGAGCUGGUUGACAAGUACAAGAGGUGGAAGGCAGAGCAGUCUAGAACCACAGAGUCUAGUUCUGAUGAGUCAGACUCAGAGCAGGAUGGUCAGGCGUCGGGCGGGAACGACUUUGGCAGUGAUGACUGGAUCUUCACCAUUCGAGAGAAGGACCCCAAGAAGCUACAGAACGGAGAGGGACAGUCGGGGGCAACAGACCAGACAAAAGACAUUCCAAAGAGGCCUUAUUCACAGAGCCUGGCCACCGUCAUCUCUCCUGCAUUAGCUGAGCUUAAGGCGCGACAGGAGCAGGUGAACGGGAACCCCUUAGUCCUGGAUGAGCUGAGGGAGGCCAUCCUGCUGGCUGAGGAGGCCUACCCCGGCAUCUCCGACUCCCUGGUGGCUCACAUGGUGCACAGGCUCCAGAGUUUCUCUACAAGCAGGACAUCCUCCUCUUCCCCCUAGUGAUUGGCUCUCUGCCCCAGCCCAGCUCUCCCAGGCCCCCACCAACACCACAGCCAGGCCAGAGGGUUACAAGUCAGGGGUUAAGUCAUUCAAUACCAGCUGACUGCAUUCGACCUCCCGAGUGGGGAGGAGGGGGGGGGGCACUAAACCUAGCCUGUAAAAAUUACUGAACUCCAAAGCGGAGGAGAAAAGAGAAACUCCGGAGAGCUUCUUUUAGUCAACAACAAGAGGAGAAGUUCGGGGGCAGCAGAGCCUGUUGAAAAGGCUGCGAAUGGGACAAGACUCAAAGUCGGAGCGACGGCCAAGUCGGACUCUGAGCUCUGCACACGAGAGACUCCUCCAGCGUCACACGGCGGAGCCUCUUCACGGAAUCUGCUCAACGAAGGAGCCGAAAACCUCCCCUGAAAUCUACGGCAAGACUUCAGUCCCCCCUCUUAAUGCAGGCCUCAUAUCCCCAGAACCUCUGAAAGCAUGCUUGAUGAACCUGCAGGGAUAUUACCUUAGUGUGCAAGCUGUGUGUGUGUGCAUCUGUGAGCGAGUGUGUGUGUGUGUGUGUGUGUGUGUGUGCACGUGUUCUCUCGCGUAUGUUAGACUCCCUGUUUAGGCAAAUUGCAGCAUUCUUAAUGAAACCUCAGGUAAAGUGCUUUAAGUGGACUUGGUCCUCCGAGGCAGUGGGAGGGGAGGGGGGCUCGCCAUGCUGUACAUGAUUACAAGUUGUCAUUGCGGGAAAUGAAUCACUGUGUACAAAAUGGUCAUGCGCAUUUUGUAGAUACUGAUAAUGUUUAAAAGUAGAUAUUUAAAGAUCUCAAAAGUUAGUCCAAGAGAAGGAACAGAAAAUGCCUUGCCUUUUCGAGAUGCACACGUCUGCAUUCUGGCAUUUCAUCCGAGAUUUAGUUAGUUUUCUUUUGCUCGUCGGUGAGUGAGAUUCAUCAGUGUUUGCUUUUGAAGUGACUGAGUUCCAAUCCUCCAUUUCAAUCACCUGCUGAAUCAUCAAACUAACUACGAUACUAAACUUAUUUUGUUUAGAGCCAGAAGCAUUUCCUUUGUUACAGUAGUCGGGGGGAAACCGCUUCCUACGCUUAUGUUUAGACAAUUUAUCAAUUUUGAAAUUGUGUAGGUCAAGAAUGAAGGUAGAGGACGAUUACAAGAGGAACGCUGGUAUCAUGUGAAGUAUUAUUUCUCCUCGGCUUGUAAUUUCUCCUUAGCAGUGCUUAGAAACUAAAGUGGAGGCGCUGAAAAAGUGGCAAGGACCAUAGAAGGCAAUCAUAUUAUGACACUUUGCUCAUGGCCAAAUGAAACCGUAGGACAAGCCAAGCUGCAGAAUGGAACGCCAUCCUUAUUAUCCUCACUCCAGACAUUUCUGUUCUCACUUCCACACCGUACUAUAGAAGUGCCAUGUCCUCUGUUACGCUUUCACCAGAUAUUUGUAGUAUGAUUUGCACCUUUUUUUUUUUUCUAAUUUUCAGAUCAGUUUUUUGCACUUUGAAAGUGUGUCGAGUAUUUAAAGAAACUUGUCGGAGGAAAAAAACAAACAAACAAACAAACCGAGAAAUGUUGCUAAUAGCCAUGUUUUACUAUAUAUGUUUACUUAAGAGUUCCAGAAUUUACUACUGUGCUAAUGCAGCAAUAAUGUUGAGGAGUUGCAUCAAGACGCACUUGUCAACACAGGGAUUGAAAGAAAUUAAGAAAUAUCUGAUAUUUUUGUAACUGCAAAGAGUUGAGUAUGGAAAUAUGGAAUGCUUUAUGGAUAUGGGCACCUGCCUCUGGCAAAAAAAAAAAAUCUAUACCUUACAGAAAAACAUAUGCUACGGAAAUAACUACAAAAUGUGUACAUUUGGUCUCCUUUAUCAUAGCUGACAGUUUAUAGUACUGUAUAUAAUCUUUGCUUGUGUCAUUUGAGAAUUCCCAAUUUAAAUGUAAGCUCCUUGUAAGCUUUCAAAGUGACAUGAGAAAUAAAGAUCUAAUGCUAACUGAG